UGUAAAACAUACCGAAGUGGCAUCAAUGGAAUUACACAAACUUCAUAUUCAAAUUAGGCUUUUUAUAGCAUUUCAAUUUUUUUUAUUCCAACUCUUAUCAGCUCCAAAUUGAUUCCAGUUAUCAAAUUGCUGUAAACUGUUUUCUUCCUUGUUUUAACAGAAAUACCUUUUGGAAGAGCGUCAAAAAAGUCUUUGACGAUCCUUCAAUCUUGUUCGACAUAACUUCACAAUCAGUGUGAAUAAAGAGUGAACAAAAUCAGUGGGAUUAGAAUGGACGCGGCUGAGUUUCGAAAGAGAGGAAAGGAGAUGGUGGACUACAUAGCAGACUACCUGGACAGCGUGCAUCACAGGAGGGUGUUCCCAGAAGUGGAUCCAGGGUAUCUGGACCAACUCAUCCCCACGGAGGCGCCGGAGGAGGGGGAGAACUGGGAUGAAAUCAUUAAGGACGUGGAGCGAGUGAUCAUGCCUGGCAUGGUGCACUGGCAACACCCUGGCUUCCACGCCUACUUCCCAGCCGGCAACUCCUUCCCAUCCAUCAUCGCAGACAUGCUCGGAGAUGGGCUGGGCUGUGUGGGUUUCUCGUGGGCCUCCAGUCCGGCUUGUACAGAGUUGGAGACUGUGAUGUUAGACUGGGUGGGGAAGAUGCUCCAACUGCCCCCCGAGUUCCUCUUCUCCCCCUCCCAAGGAAGAGGCGGAGGGGUUCUGCAGGGCUCUGCGAGUGACUGCAUUCUGGUGGCGCUUCUCUCCGCCAGGACUAACUGUCUGAGGGAACUGAGGGAGGAGAACCCCUGCAGCGAGGAUGGGGAGUUUCUCUCCAAGAUGGUGGCCUACUGUUCCAAACAGGCCCACUCGAGCAUGGAGAAGGCGGCCAUGAUAGCCUGUGUGCAGAUCAGACAACUUCCCACUGAUUCUGAGUUCUCGCUAAGAGGAGACACUCUUAAGGCGGCCAUUGCGUCUGACCGUGAGCAGGGUCUGAUUCCUAUCUUUGUGGGGGCCACUCUAGGCACCACUUCUUCAGUCGCUUUCGACAACAUAGCCGAGUUGGGACUGGUCUGCCACAAGGAACAAGUGUGGCUACACGUGGACGGCGCAUAUGCUGGCAAUGCGAUGAUAUGUCCCGAGUUCAGAUACCUCCUCGAUGGCAUCGAACAUGCCAAUUCGUUCAACAUAAACCCAAACAAGUGGAUGUUGGUGAACUUCGACUGUUCCUGUAUGUGGGUGAAGGAUUCCAAUUCCAUCAAAGGAGCAUUCAAUGUCGACCCACUAUACCUGCAGCACAAAAACACAGGAUCCUGUAUCGACUACAGACACUGGGGCAUUCCGCUGAGUCGGAGGUUCCGAUCACUUAAGCUUUGGUUUGUGAUUCGCAACUACGGAGUGGAGGGACUGAGGAACUACAUCAGAAGACACUGUAAACUCGCCAAGAAGUUCGAACAUCUGGUGAAGCAGGAUCGUCGUUUCGAAGUGAUGAACAAAGUGGAGAUGGGGCUGGUGUGUUUCCGCAUGGUCGGUCCCAACAAGUUCAGCGAGACACUCAUUAACAGCAUCAACGAGAGUGGAAGACUCCACAUGGUGCCCAGUAGUCUCAAUGGGAAGUACAUGGUUCGAUUCGCAGUCUGUGCCGAGAACGCCAACGAAGCCGACAUCACAUACGCAUGGAAAGUGAUCCAGCAGUUUGCGGAUAAGAUCCUGCGUCCGAGCGAUAUGGACGAUGAACAUCAUCUGGAACAGCCGGGACCCAACGGGGAGGUGGUCGAUUCAAAGGGAAUGAAGAGGCUGGACCUGAAGCCCCUGGAACUGGGAGCGGAUACUGUCAUCAUAGAGGAGGGAGCCCCUUUCUGCCCAGUGUCUGAGCUGAUGACUGGUCCCUUCAGAGGCAGAACCAAGAAGCUCAGACAGACACAAAGUCUACAUCUGUGGUGAACACGUGAUCACGAUGACGUCAUCAAGUGAUCAAAGAGAAAUCAGAAGUCAAAUACUGACCAAAACAGACAAAAUAAAUUUGAAGGAAAAAUAAUCGACAAACUAAUAGACUAAACUAUCAUGAUCACUAAGACCAGAAAACAAUAAUUCCUGGAGGUUCCAACUCUUCUAUUAGACAAAAAAAAACGUUUUGUCGACCCAAGAUUUCGUCUAGUCCAUAAAGUAUUGUAAGCAUUUGCCUGAGGUCAAUUAAAUCGACUCACAACUUUAUUUAAAAUUUUAAUUAGUUACUUAAAAUUUCGAAAUGUUGUUAAAUGCUAUCGAAAAUCUGUCCAAUUUAAUUGCAAUGCCUGA